AUGACCGCCAAGAGACUCCAGAGCAAGCUCUUCGGCGCCGUCAAGGAGGUCGCGUCCAUCCCCGCUCGGAAAAAGGAAGACAAGAAGGAUCCUCAGUCAUCCAGCCCAAACGAAACGCCCAGAGACGAGGGCAGCCCCAGAUCCGGUGCAGCGACUCCAGUCGCAGUUCAUCCCGAGGCCAAGCAGCAGGAAUCCCACAUCCACAAGCUGGCACAGGCUGUUGCUGCGGCAGAGGAGGAGCUGGACGAAAACAAUGGGGAGAGCGGAGGUGCUGCUCCGCUCCGAAUCGACAUCCCCGGCCAGCGUGAGAAGGAGAGUCUGCCCAAGACUAAGAAAACAGAGAGAGAUGUGAAGAAGGAUGAGCACACGCCCGUUGCUGCGAGGACGUCUCCUCGUCCUGCCUCGGACGAAGAGACCCCACGCGAAAAAAAGUCGCUGCGCGAGCGGCUCAUGCAAGAGCUCGGAUCCAAGUACCGCUGCGUCGAGGACCACCGCCUGCACCAGUCCGACCUGUACGAGGUGCAUUGGAAGCGUUGGGGCCCAUACGUCUCUGAGCGACAGUGGGGCACGGUUCGCGAGGACUACAGUGCCAAUGGCGACGCGUGGAACAGCUUCCCGUUUGAGAUGGCCAAGUCGCGCGCGUACCGCUGGGGUGAAGACGGUAUCGCCGGUAUCUCGGACAACCACCAGCGGAUGUGCUUCACGCUCGCCCUGUGGAACGGCAAGGAUCCUAUCCUCAAGGAGCGGCUGUACGGCCUCACUGGCGAACAGGGGAAUCACGGCGAGGACGUCAAGGAAAUGUACUACUACCUUGACUCGACACCCACACACUCGUACAUGAAGUGUCUCUACAAGUACCCUCAGGCCGAGUUCCCGUACCAGAAGCUGCAAGAGGAGAACAGACACCGUAGCCGCGAGGACCCCGAGUACGAGCUCACGGACACGGGCGUCUUCGACGACGACCGAUACUGGGACGUGUUCGUCGAGUAUGCCAAGGACGACGAGGACCCGAACUCGAUGUCGAUCCGCAUCACCGCCUACAACCGUGGGCCGGACGCUGCUGACCUCCACAUCCUCCCGCAGCUGUUCUUCAGAAACACAUGGAGCUGGCCGGCCGAGCUGCCCAAGGACAUGCCGCACCUGAAGCAGGUAGCGGACGGCGUGAUCGAGGCAACGCACGAGACGCUCGGGGUUACGCGUCUAUACUGCACGCCUUCGCCGGGCCCAGCCCAACCGACCAAGAGUGGUGUCGUCCUGGUGGACGGCCCGUCGAUUGUCCCAGACUUGCUGUUCACCGAGAACGAUACUAACUUUGAGCGCCUGUACGGCGGUAAGAACCGCACUCCUUACUGCAAGGACGCGUUCUACGACUACGUCAUCCCGUCCUGCCGUCCGAAGCCCGAGGAGGUCGAGGCCGAGGCCGAGGUCGACGGCGUCACGGAGAAGGUCGAGGAGCUCAACGUCAACGCAGCUACGACGCCGUCGUGCUUCCCUGCUGAGAUGUUUGUUAACCCCGACAAAGAGGGUACCAAGGCAGCUGCGCACUAUGUCUUCAACGACGUCCCAGGCAGAGGCGGAUGUGUCGUCGUGCGUCUCAAGAUGACGCCUAACUCGCCGUCCGAAGACGCGACAAUUCUCGACGAGGAAGCGUUCGACGACAACAUCGAGGAACGCCGUUGCGAGGCGGACGAGUUCUACUCGACACUCGGCCGCGGACCGCUUCCUGACGACCUUCGCUCGAUCAUGCGUCAGGCGCUGGCCGGUAUGAUGUGGACCAAGCAGUACUACCAGUUUAUCCAGAAGCAAUGGAUCGACGGCGACCCGGGACAGCCAAAGCCUCCCCCCGAGCGCAAGUACGUGCGCAACCGCGAGUGGCGUCACCUGUACAUCAACGACAUCCUCAGCAUGCCAGACAAGUGGGAGUACCCAUGGUUUGCGACGUGGGACACGGCGUUCCACUGCGUACCGCUCGCGAUGGUCGACCCCUCCUUCGCCAAGAAGCAGCUCGACCUCCUGACACGUGAAUGGUACAUGAAGCCCGACGGCGCGUUACCCGCGUACGAGUGGAACUUCUCUGAUGUCAACCCGCCCGUGCACGCUUGGGCCACACUGCGCGUGUUCAAGAUUGAGCGGCAGACACGCGGCGUCGCUGACCUCGACUUCCUCGAGCGUGUGUUCCAGAAGCUCCUCCUCAACUUCACGUGGUGGGUCAACCGCAAGGACGCGGACGGCAACAAUGUCUUCGAGGGCGGCUUCCUCGGCCUCGACAACAUUGGUCCCUUCAACCGCUCCGAGCCACUCCCGACUGGCGGCACGUUGCGCCAGGCCGACGCGUCAUCGUGGAUGGGCCAGUACUGUGUUCAGAUGCUCAUGAUCGCGCUCGAGCUCGCCCUUCACAACCCGACCUAUGAGGACAUUGCUUCUAAGUUCUUCGAGCACUUCAUCUUCAUCGCCGACGCCAUGACUUACCACGACGAGGACCGUGAGGUGUCACUGUGGAACGAGAAAGACGGCUUCUACUACGACGCGAUCCAGUGGAGUCACGGGCACUCGCAGCAGAUCCCCGUGCGCUCGCUCGUCGGUCUUAUGCCACUGUACGCCACGGCUAUUCUUGAGCCCCAUGUACUCAGGAAGUUCCCGAGCUUCCGCAAGCGCUUAGAUUGGUUCAUUGAGAACCGCCCGGACAUUGCGCGGCGUAACCUGGCAUCGAUGAAGGCGCGCGGUCGUGGUGACCGUCUCUUGCUGGCGUUUGCGAACAAGGACCGCCUCGUGCGCAUCCUCGAGAGGAUGCUCGACGAGGACGAGUUCUUUAGCGACUAUGGCAUCCGCUCACUGUCGCUAUACCACAAGGAUCACCCGUUCUCGAUGAUAGUCGACGGACACGAGUACGGCGUCGGCUACUGGCCUGGAGACUCCCAGUCGGGCAUGUUCGGCGGCAACUCGAACUGGCGCGGGCCGAUCUGGCUUGCUCCCAACCUCCUUCUGAUCGAGAGUCUCCAGCGCUUCCACCAGUACUACGGCGACGACCUGCAGGUCGAGUGCCCAACCGGAAGUGGGUACUACAUGAACCUGGCCGGUGUGGCGGAGGAGAUCCAGCACCGCAUCAUCCACAUCUUCAAUCGCGAUGAGGAUGGACGUCGUGCCGUGAACGGGGGCGAGAUGAAGCUCGACCGCAACCCGUAUUUCCGCGACUACGUACACUUCUUCGAGUUCUUCCACGGCGACGACGGGCGUGGCCUCGGUGCCUCGCACCAGACUGGCUGGACGGGCCUCAUUGCCUGGAUGAUCCACCGCACGGGCGAGGGGUGCCGCCUCGCCAAGACGCCCAAGACACCGCGUGGCAUCGCAAACCACUACUUCGGCGACCAGAUGCCCACGCCGUACACGGCUGGUACGCCAGGGCUGCCUUACAACCCCAGCGAGGGGAGUGGCCCGCGCAGUGCAUUCCCCGGCACGCCGUACACGGACGCAUCGGGCCUGGACGAGCCUGAGCCAGACGAGCUGUAA